CACCAUUAACGGUGAAUGCCGACCGCCGUUAAAUUCACCGAAGAAGAACAGAAGCCUGAGAGGACAACAACUUGUUUAUGGAAGGAGAGACGACGGCAUGCUAGCCAAGUUUUGAAAACCUACAUCGAGGGAACGUGUAUUAUUAUUUGUGAAAACCCCUCGCUUCCGAGUCAAACAGUCGAGAUGGUGUCUUAUAAGAGACUGAGUCCAGAGGAUGUCCAGUUCUCCAACGCUGCUUCUUCAGAGGAGGCUCCUGUACAGGAGAUGGAGGAGGGGAAGGACCCAGAGGAGACAGAGCGCCCCCUGCUGCCUCGGAGGCCCUCCUGUUCUGCCACCACGGCCCUCAUCUCCCUGGGCUCCCUGCUGCUCCUGGUCUGUGGCCUCUGGCUUCUGGUGACCAUCUUCUGGCUCCAAGCCCCCUCCAACAGCGUCCCCCACAGGGCUCCGCCGCCCAGGGGCUCCCCAGGGACGGGUGGGGGAGACAGGGGUAGAGCCCUACCAGAGCCCCAGGCUUGUGGAGUGGUCCCAGAGGCCUGGAGGUUUGACUGCUACCCAGAGAGAGGGGUGGUGGUGACCAGGGAGUUGUGUGAGGCGAGGAACUGUUGCUUCAUCCCUGCCUCCUCCUCCUCCGCCCCGGGGAGGAAUGGUGUUCCCUGGUGUUUCUACCCUCCUGGGUUCCCCUCCUACUCCCUGGUGUCUGUUAAGGCCACAGAGUUGGGUCAGACAGGAACACUGGUGAAGACGGUGAAGACCUACUACCCUAAAGACAUUCUGACCUUACAUCUGGAGCUCCUCUAUGAGACAGACCACAGGCUCCGAGUCAGGAUCACCGACCCGUCUGAGUCGCGGUUCGAGGUGCCAAUCGCCGUGCCCAAGGCCACAGAGAAGGCCUCUAGUCCCGCCUACUCUGUGGAGCUGUCCAAUGAGCCGUUUGGCAUCAUCGUCAAGAGAACGUCCACAGGAGCUGUGCUCCUCAACACCACGGUAGCACCUCUGUUCUACUGUGACCAGUUCCUCCAGCUGUCCAGCAGUCUGUCCAGUCAGUACAUCUAUGGGCUGGGAGAACACCGCUCCUCCUUCCUACACGACAUCCACUGGAACACUCUCACCAUGUGGGCUAGAGACGUACCACCCACGGAGCUGACUAACCUGUACGGGGCUCAUCCCUUCUACCUGGCCAUGGAGGAGGGAGGGACGGGGACAGCACAUGGAUUCUUCCUGCUCAACAGCAACGCUAUGGAUGUGGCCCUCCAGCCGGGCCCUGCCAUCACCUGGCGUACCAUUGGUGGGAUCCUGGACUUCUACGUCUUUCUGGGUCCCGAUCCGGCCUCUGUGAUUGGACAGUAUUUGGAGGUCGUAGGUUACCCCACCAUGCCAGUCUACUGGGCGUUGGGGUACCAUCUCUGUCGCUGGGGUUACGGAAGUAGCAAUGCCACCUGGGACGUCGUCAAGAACAUGAGGAAUUAUGGAAUACCUCAGGAUGUGCAGUGGAAUGAUAUAGACUACAUGGACCGUUCUCUAGACUUCACCUUUGACCCCGCGGUCUUCUCGACCCUGCCUGACAUGGUGAAAGACCUGCACAUCCAUGGACAGCGCUAUGUCAUGAUGCUGGACCCAGGUAUCAGCAGUGUCCAGCCAGAAGGAGGGUACUGGCCAUAUGACGAAGGUCUGAGGAGAGGAGUCUUCAUCAACCACACAGAUGGAAGCACACUCAUCGGGAAGGUGUGGCCAGGUCUGACAGCGUUUCCUGAUUUCUCUGAUGAUGUGACCCAUGAGUGGUGGUACGACAAUCUCAAGAGGUUCCACGACAAAGUUCCCUUCGAUGGACUCUGGAUCGACAUGAACGAGCCAUCUAGCUUCGUGGACGGGUCGACCGUUGGUUGUCCUGACACCGAGCUGGAAAACCCUCCUUACACUCCUGGUAUAUUAGGAGGGUUGUUGAGGGCUAAGACUCUGUGUGCCUCUGCUGUCCAGAAGACCUCGUCUCACUACAACAUGCACAGCCUGUAUGGACUUCUAGAAGCUAAGGCCUCGGCAUGUGCCCUGAAGCGUAUGUUAGGGAAGAGAGCGUUUGUGAUCUCUCGCUCCACCUUCCCCAGUCAAGGCCAAUACUCUGGACACUGGCUAGGAGACAACAGGAGUCACUGGAAAGACAUGUACACCUCGAUAGCAGGUAUGUUAACCUUUAACCUCCUGGGUGUUCCCCUGGUGGGGGCUGAUGUCUGUGGCUUCAGUGACCAGACUGAGGAGGAGCUGUGUGUACGCUGGACUCAGCUAGGAGCCUUCUACCCUUUCACACGCAACCACAACGCUAUCGACCAGAAGCCUCAGGACCCUCCAGCGUUCAGCCCUCUAGCCCGUUCAGCCAUGAAACAGUCUCUCCUGCUACGCUACUCUCUCUUCCCUCUGCUCUACACACUGUUCCACCGUGCACACACACACGGACACACUGUCGCUCGCCCUCUGCUGUUCGAGUUCCCCAAAGACGUGAGAACGUAUGGGAUAGACAGACAGUUCCUAUGGGGGAAGAGUUUGAUGGUGACACCAGUAUUAGAUCCAGGUGUGGACUUUGUUGUGGGCUACUUCCCUCAGGGUCUCUGGUACGACUACUACACGGGUGAUUCUAUCCGUAGUAAAGGAGAAGAGUUGAGGCUGAAGGCUCCUCUAGAGCAUAUCAACCUUCACCUGAGAGAAGGAGCUGUCAUACCUACACAGCGUCCCAACACAACCCUGUUUGUGAGCAGUGGUCAGCCGCUCCACCUCGUGUCCAGUCUGUCUGAAGACGGCUCGGCCGGAGGAGAGCUGUUCUGGGACGACGGAGAGACCAUCGACACCUUGGAGACUGACCAGUACGCUCACAUAGUGUUCACUGUGGUGAAGAACACGAUGACAUCGGAGGUGCUGCACGACCACGUGGAGGCUUCCUACAUCACCGUGGAAACAGCCUCCUUCUAUGGCGUGAAGGUGGAGCCUACCACGGUCACGGUCAACUCCCAGGAUGCUGCAUUCACCUACAGAGCCAAUCAGGUGUUGACUGUAACAGACCUAGGACUGAAUCUCAGCCAGAACUUCACCAUCAGUUGGAUCUAACAGGUUUUCCCAAAAAUGGGAAUUCUGACCUUUGGAAUGUUGGUUUUCCUUCCCUGACGGUCUCCACUGCUUUACUGCCCAUGUCUGUGACCCAAAUGGCACCCUAUUCCCUAUAUGGUGUACUAUCAGGGCUCAAAAGACACUCACUAUAGGACACGCACCAUAUGUUGCUCCGGGUAGAGUUGAAUCCUAACCUGAACCAUUAGAUACUAACCUAACCACUGAUCUACGACCAGAUUACCCUCCUAAAAUCCUAACCUGAACCAUUAGAUACUAACCUAACCACUGAUCUAGGACCAGUCCUAAAACCAGUGUCUAGGACUGGGUUCCCCAACUGGCGGCCAACUGAUUUUAUUUGACCCCCCCCCCCCAAGUUUUCUGAGGAGCAAUUAAAAAAAAAUAAUCAAAAUAAUAGUUCAUUUUUAUUGUUCGACAUAAAAAAACUGUAACACCAGUUAUUUUUAUUUUGGAAAUCUGUUCCCAAGUAUUCCCAUGCACAAUAGAGAGACACGUGAUUGUAUACAAAUGUAGGCAACGUUUGAAAUGAUUAUGUUUUAGUCAAAUUUAUUAUAUCUGUUUGUUUGGGCUUGUUGCAGUGAAAUUACAGUCUACAAAUGAUUUGUAAUUAUAUUCCGGCCCCAACUAUCCGCUCACGAAAAAAAUCGGCCCUUGGCUACUACUUCCUCCCUGUCUGAAUCUAGUUGAUGAUCCCUGGUCUAGGGGACUACUUCCUCCCUGUCUGAAUCUAGUUGAUGAUCCCUGGUCUUAGGGGACUACUUCCUCCCUGUAUGAAUCUAGUUGAUGAUCCCUGGUCUUAUGGGACUACUUCCUCCCUGUCUGAAUCUAGUUGAUGAUCCCUGGUCUAGGGGACUACUUCCUCCCUGUCUGAAUCUAGUUGAUGAUCCCUGGUCUAGGGGACUACUUCCUCCCUGUCUGAAUCUAGUUGAUGAUCCCUGGUCUUAGGGGACUACUUCCUCCCUGUCUGAAUCUAGUUGAUGAUCCCUGGUCUAGGGGACUACUUCCUCCCUGUCUGAAUCUAGUUGAUGAUCCCUGGUCUUAGGGGACUACUUCCUCCCUGUAUGAAUCUAGUUGAUGAUCCCUGGUCUAGGGGACUACUUCCGCCCUGUCUGCUGUAACUGUGCCAAAAGUAGCCUGUGUCCCAAAUAAUACCCUAUUCCCUAUAUAGUGUACUACUAAUGACCAGGGCCCUUGUAUAUAGGGUAUAGGGUGCCAUUUGAGACAUGUAUAGUCUCUGUGAAGCUUUAUAGUGGUGGUGAUGACAGUAUUUGUUUUUGCUGAUUUAUGAUAUAAACAUCUAUGAAAAAUGACAUUUUAUAUAGUAUUUAAAUUAUAAAUGUCUAUAAUAAUGCACAAACUACCACCACACAGUGUAACCAGCCCAGCCAACAGUACAGCCAGACCCGGUUACCGGGAUUUACCUCCCAAAACCACUCCCUUUUCCCAGGAUUAAUAACAUUGAGACACUGAUAAAUGAUGUUAAAUGAUAUGCCCUGUCUGAAUCUGGCUUCUAAACGGCCUCUGCAUAAUGAAUCAGCGCUCGGGGUGGGGACAGGCGGGGCCCGUCUCGGGGUGGGGACAGGCGGGGCCCGUCUCGGGGUGGGGACAGGCGGGGCCCGUCUCGGGGUGGGGACAGGCGUGUAGAUCUAUCAGCUCAUCAUGGUAACUUUUUUUCAUGUGACAGGUAGGCCUACAUUUGCUGAGGCGCAGCCUAUGCUACAGUAAUAUAAAGACUGAAUAAGUAUCUAAUUUACCCAUCUCUAUUUUUAUUGCGGCUGCAGAGUUUUUUCAAACUGCCUGUAACUCGAAUAUCGUUGCUUUAAAUCAGUGCAUGAAAUAUUAUGAAAGGUAUUUGUCAGCUUGCUAAUUAUACAAAAGGCCCUAUUAUAUUUCAAAGUUAAAAUAAAAUCCACUAGCCUAUACUAGCCGCAUGUUCUCUACCUGCUUUAUCAUGGUUUGAACGAUGUGAGUAAUUCCAGUCCAUAUAAUACAGUAUAAUACAGUACAGUAAUACAGUUCACACUCAAAAAGCCUACUGGAGCUAGUUUCAUUUAUUUAGCCAACAGAGCAUAUAGCUAGCUACAUCUAUGGGCUUUUCUGUUUUUCUGUCGUGCAGUAGCCUAUAUCAUAUAUGUAUUGGAUAACGGCACAAUCUUUUGGGAUUUUUUGGUCUUGGGCUCAUUAAAUGUCUUUAAUGUAGGGCUCAUUAAAUGUCUUUAAUGUAGGGCUCAUUAAAUGUCUUUAAUGUAGGGCUCAUUAAAUGUCUUUAAUGUAGGGCUCAUUAAAUGUCUUUAAUGUAGGGCUCAUCGGGCUCCGGUAGCAUCAGGCUUGAAUAUUUUUUUAUCAAAGCUCUAAUCAAAUCCAGACAGGUCUGUUUAUAUGCUUUAUAAUGCUUUUGAAUGACCGUUCUGGUUUGGACUGGAAUUACUGGUUUAGUCGGUAGGAAAGUGAUUUAUUCUCGGGAUGGAACAUUUGUAAAAUACUGUGAAAAUAUUAAACCGUAAGCCAGACGCCAGCAUUCGUUUGAAAGGCCUCCUGUGUAUUUUACUGGUUAGUAGUAAAAUAUGAAGUCUACUAGUUCUGCCACUGGUCAUUACUACAGUAAAGAGCCAACUUUUAUUUGCUGUUUUCAUUUCUCAGAGGAAAGGUGAAGAUGUGCAAUAAAAAGGAGAGGAACUUUUCUUUACCUCAGAACAAGACUAGAAUGGGGUGAAAUGGAUCUUAGUGUAUUUGGGGAGUUUCAUGAUAAUAAUCAGUGAUUGUUGUUAUUGAUCUUGAUAUGUACAUAUUGUUGUUGACAAGCUUGUUUGCACUGAAUCAGGACAUAUUGAAGGUACAGAGAAGUGCCUUACGAAUGAUCAAACUGUCUUCUACAAAAGCUCUGUUUUAACUCUAUUCUAGAAUUCUAGUUUCAGAACACCUCUAGAACAGCUCAGUUUUAACUAUGUUCUAGAAUUCUAGUUUCAGAACACCUCUAGAACAGCUCAGUAUUAACUCUGUUCUAGAAUUCUAGUUUCAGAACACCUCUAGAACAGCUCUGUUUUAACUCUGUUCUAGUUUCAGAACACCUCUAGAACAGCUCUACAUUGUUCUAAAACUAGAAUUCUAGUUUCAGUUGGUUUUCUAACUGCUUUACUGUGACUCUAAAACAGGGUCUUUCUCUCUAAAACACUGAAUAAUGAUAUUCAAGGCUUUUUAAAGUAUUGUCAAGCUUUCUUAGACAUACAGUUGUCUUUACUAGAUAAUGAAAGAGGAUUGUAGUUGACAUUUGAAGUAUUAUGGUAAUGCAACGUUUGAAAUUGAUUGGUUGAAAUGUUGUUUGACAAAUUUGUUUUUGUUCUAUUCAAGUGGUAAAAUGAAAACUAUGUAAGGGAAGACUUGCCUUAUGUUGGUCAGUUCUGCCAGUGGGUGUAUCUAUCUGGCAUGAAUAUUACAAUGAUUGUUGAUGCUGUAAUGCCUGCCUCUCCAUUUCCAUUUGUGUUAAGUUGAUUGGGACAUGCUCAGACAUGCUCAUUUCAAAUGAUAACUUGAUUAAAUAUGAAUCCUGA